AUGACUUCAUCUACUGCUCAAGCCUGGCGAAUUCACCUCAAUUACCAAGGCGCCUACACGGCUGCGGGUAUCGAAAGCAACCUACAUUUGGAGGAAGUACCGAAGCCCGUUGCAAAAGAGGGCCAGAUUCUGGUUCGCAUGCAAGCCGCUGCGCUCAACUUCCGCGAUCUGCUUAUAGCAACGGCCGAUCCCAGAUAUGAAAGCCCACCAGCAGAUGACGGGUUGACGCCCUUGUGCGACGGAGCAGGCGAGGUGGUCGAGGUGCGUGUCAAAGGCUCUCGCUGGAAAGUCGGAGACAAGGUGAUCCUGGCAAGCAACACGACGUGGAAAGCCGGGCUUGGGCAGGAAUCGCUUGACCACAGCCUUGGCUGGGGCACCGAAACGACAAACGGCCUGCUUCAGCAGUACUUUGCUUUCGUGGAGGAUGCACUUGCUCCUUUGCCGGCGAACCUGAGCUACGAAGAGGGUGCUUGCUUGGCCGUGCCCUACGUUACGGCUUGGAACGCCCUGUUUGGCGGCCCGAGUGUGCUGAAAGCAGGAGAUACGAUUGUGACCCAGGGCACUGGUGGUGUGAGCAUUGCGGCACUCCAGAUGUCGAGAGCUAUCGGCGCCAAGGUCAUCGCUCUCACAACAUCUGAAGAUAAAAUAGACCUGCUGCGGAAGCUGGGUGCGUCGCACGUCAUCAAUUCCAAAGUGGACAAGAAGUGGGCCGACCAAGUCCUCAAAUUCACUGAUGGACGCGGGGCAGACCACCUGCUCGAAGUCAUCGGAGCAGCAACCAUCAAGGAGUCGCUCCGCGCUGUUCGGCAAGCCGGCGUAGUCUCCGUCGUGGGUUUCUUAUCGGAAAGUGAGAAGCACGAUCUCAUCCCCGACAUUGUUUUCGGAGCCAAGACGAUUCGUGGCUUAAUGAAUGGCAGUCUUGGAAUGCUCCAGGACAUGUCCAAAUUUGUGGAGCAUCACAAAAUACACCCUGUCAUCGCAGAGGUGUUUGGGUGGCAAAACGCGAAAGACGCAUACAAGGCACUGAUAGAGCAAAAGUUCGUCGGAAAACUAGUUAUCAAGAUAGAUUAG